GAACUCCCACGGACUCACCAUGAUCAAGACCCUACUGCUCUCUGCGUUGGUGGCUGGAGCUCUCAGCUGUGGGCUCCCCACUCACCUGCCCCAACUGAGCAGGGUGGUCGGCGGUGAAGCGGCAACACCCAACAGCUGGCCCUGGCAGGUCUCCCUGCAGUACAGUGCCUAUGGCCAGUGGCACCACACCUGCGGAGGGUCCCUGGUGGCCAAGAACUGGGUCUUGACAGCUGCCCACUGCAUCAGCUCCUCCAGGACCUACCGAGUGGUGCUGGGCCGGCACAGCCUCUCCACCGAGGAGGCGGGCUCCCUGGCCGUCAAGGUCUCCAAGGCUAUCGUACACCAGAAGUGGAACAACAAUCUGGCCCAAGGGAAUGACAUUGCCCUGCUCAAACUGGCCACACCCGUCACCCUGACUGAUAAGAUCCAACUGGCCUGCCUCCCACCUGCCGGCACCAUUUUACCCAACAACUACCCCUGCUACGUCACAGGCUGGGGCAGGCUGCAGACCAAUGGAGCUUCUCCCGACAUCCUGCAGCAGGGCCUGCUGCUGGUUGUGAACUACGCCACCUGCUCCAGCGCUAGCUGGUGGGGCAGCUCCGUGAAGACCACCAUGGUCUGCGCUGGGGGUGACGGUGUGACUUCCAGCUGCAAUGGUGAUUCUGGAGGGCCCCUGAACUGCCAGGCGGCUGAUGGCAAGUGGCAAGUGCACGGCGUGGUCAGCUUCGGGUCCACUCUCGGCUGCAACUACUACCGCAAGCCCUCCGUCUUCACCAGGGUCUCCAACUACAUAGACUGGAUCAAUACGGUAAGAACCAGACCAGUCCUGAGCCCCACGGGUCCUGCCCUGCUCACCUGGCCCCACAAAUGCCACCUAGGGUCUCUCAAAGGAGGGGGGGGGCCUCAGAGGAAGCUGCAUAAUCGCAUCCAAAAUUUCUGCAUGUCAAAUUGGGUGAAAAGCAACAGAGAGGGUGAGUUUGCCCAAGGAGGUUGGACACAGGACACCCCUCAGGCAUUUUGA